AUGUACAAGGCCAGAUGUAUUGUAUGCCGGCCAGAUGUAUCAUAUGCCCUGAGUGCAAUGAGCCAAUACCAAUCAAAGCCAGAAGAAGCGUAUUGGACAGCGGCCAAGAAUAUCCUAAAGUACCUGAAAAGGAACAAGGAUAAAUUCCUGGUGUAUGGAGGCCACAAAGAACUAGUUGUUGAAGGUUACACCGACGCUAGCUUCCAGACUAACAGAGACGACUUCAAGUCACAGUCAGGGUACAUAUUUUGCCUAAAUGGAGGAGCAUUUAGCUGGAAGAGUGCCAAGCAGAGCACCACUACAAACUCUACAAUUAAAGCCGAAUACUUGGCUGCUUCAGAAGCUGCUAAGGAAGCUGUUUGGAUUCACAAGUUCAUCAGCGAACUUGGUGUUGUACCCUCAAUCAAGGGGCCGAUAGAUCUCUAUUGUGAUAACAAUGGAGCUAUCGCUUAA